AUGCUGCAGAUGAGACUGCUGCACCAUUUCGACACCGUCACUGCUGAGACCCUUGUCUUUGACACGGCCAUAUGGCGUGGCCAGGUGAUGGCGUUGGCGUUGCAGCAUGAGUUUCUAAUGCACGCUGUGCUCCUUAUUGCCGCCAAGCACCUAUGUUAUCUCAGUCCAGGCGAUCCGUCAUAUCGAUCAGCUUCGAUGCUGCACCUCUCCGAAACAUUGCGCCUGUUCCGACGGGCUCUGACACAGCCGAUAUCUGCCGCAAAUGCCGAUGCCUUCAUAGCAACCUCGACACUCUUGGUCCACUAUGCGUGGGCGACAGAUGAGGGCGUGGCUUCGGCGCAAGACGUUGUCUCAGCAGCGCCGCCGACCGAUUUCACGCUAAAUCUAAGCAUGGAUCCAUUGUUCUCCUUAUCCCAAGGCCUACGAACGCUUUUCAUGAAGUCCAGAUGUUUCAUCGAAAAGGGAGAAAGCAUAUUUGCGACGUCCGCUCGAUAUCGCCCGCGCGAGUCGCUUGAACAGGCUACCAUACGACACUCUAAGCCCUCGCAGGACUUGGAGAUUCUCAUUUCCGAAGCAUACUGCAGACACCGUGCAAGAUUGGGACGGCCUGUCCUUGUUAGCCCAGGGUCUUUGUGCCUGGACUCGGUGACACGAUUCUUUCUCGAUAACCGCACAGAUCACGACAAAACCCUAGGAGGGCAAGAGUCCCUGGAUGUAGAUGCCGAGGAGGACCUUGAAUUGAUCGGCUUCCUAGAUGCAACCUCGCGGUUGGUGCUUAUCAUGGGGCUCUUUCAACAGCGGUCGCCUAUCGCUGAUACGGUUGCCUUGAUGGAGACUGACCUGAUUGAGGAGCCGGAAGCAGACUCUGAUAUAGUCGACGGAAUUGGGAGAUACCAUCUUCCGCCUCUGUCGGACCUCGCACGCUACAUUUUUGCCUUUCCCACACGCUCGACGGAUACCUUCAUCCGCCUCAUCCAACAUCACCAUCCACACGCGCUCCUCAUCUUGUAUCUUUUCUACCGCGCCGUCUCCUUGCUCCUUCCUCAGCAACAGUGCUGGUGGAGCCGCAAGCGAGCUCAAAUUGUCGGAUCAGCCAUCGAAUGCGCAUUACGAGGACGGGGCGAUGCGCAUUUGGAUACGAUCUUGGAGGAGGGUAAUAGAGUGCUUGAGGGCGGAGCUGCAAGAAAUUCAAUUAGCCGGGACAAUGAGGCGAACCCCCAAGCAUCUCUAGGAGUGGACACUUGGCAUGAAACAUGGGAGCGGACUCGACGUGUCUUGGAACGGUUCGCUUGGAGGAAAGGACGCUGGUAUUCUGAAGAGCGGGCUAUGUCUGGGUGGAGCUAG